AUGCCUUCCCUCUGUGCGUCUGUUCAAGUGAAGCGAACUGUCAAGGCCCUGGGUACCAUGGUAAACGAUCGUCUCGACAUGUCGGAUGAGAUAGCCUACAGGAUAGCCUCGGUGGCCAGUGAGGUGCGGCCAAUUCAGCGCACCCUUGGGCCUCGGAAGAAGCUCCGACUUGACCUCAAAGUCAGAUAUGCGGAGAGCUUCGCUCACACGGGGCUUUUUUACAAUGCAUCCAUCUGGAGUCUGGGCGCCUUGGGCGACGCCAUGCUGCUUCCCUCCGGCGUCCCCGCCGGGGUCGGCUCCGCGGCGACGUCCGCUGUCACCCAGAUGCUCGCCACGCCGCGGGACCGGGAGACGGCCGGCCUGGCGACGCUCGCCACGCCGCGGGACCGGGACCAAGCGCUGGUGACCCCUCGGCUGCGCGAGGAGGCUAACCACGCCAGCGGUACGAUGCCUUCUAGAUCCCAGACCCUGAACACCAAGUCCAUAGGCCACUACGUCCUCGGGAAGACGCUCGGCGAGGGCACCUUCGGGAAGGUGAAGCUCGCAAGGCACAUCCUCUCCGGGGAGCCCGUGGCCAUCAAGGUGCUGGAGAAGGAGCGCAUCACCGAAGCCGCGGACAUCGAACGGAUCUCCCGGGAGGUGCACAUCCUGAAGCUCAUCAAGCACACGCACGUUGUGCAGCUGUACGAGAUCAUUGAGACUUCGGGGCAGUUGUACCUCAUCAUGGAGUACGCAAGCGGCGGGGAGCUAUUCGAUUACAUCGUGGCCAGGCAGGACGAGCGCAGGAAGUCGGGGGGGUCUGGUGGCGUAGAGGAGCGCGAGGCGUGCCGCUUCUUCCACCAGAUCGUGGCAGGGGUUGAGAAGAUCCACGCGAUGGGCGUGGCGCAUCGCGACCUGAAGCCGGAGAACCUGUUGCUGGAUCGUCGGCUCAUCCUUCUCGUGCCCCUCGGCAACACUUUCAAGCCCGGCGAGCUGCUGAAAACUGCCUGCGGCUCGCCGUGCUACGCGCCCCCGGAGAUGGUGGCCAAUCUCCACUACGUGCCCGCCCUCGCCGACAUGUGGAGCUGCGGGGUCAUCCUGUUCGCCCUCAUCUGCGGCUACCUGCCCUUCGAGGACGAAGUCACCUCGCAGCUCUACAAGAAGAUUCUCAGGGCCGAAUAUACGGUGCCCAGCUUCAUCAGCGAGGGCGGCAAGGAUUUCCAGGACCUCAUCUCGUGCCUGCUGCAGCCCAACUCCACCCAGCGGUACACCAUCCCCGAUGUGCGGGGGCACAGGUGGUAUCAGCAGGUGGACGAGGCCUCAUUGGAGCAGCCGGACAAGGCUUCUUGGUUCGACGAGGACACGCUCUGCGAGCUGGAGGCGCUGAAGGAGAACAAGCACAACCACAUGACCACAACGUACUACCUGCUGUUGAAGAGGAGGCAGAGGGGCGGCGGUGGCCCGGCGUCCACCCGGGAGGCACCACAACCGCCUUCUUGCCGCGGCAGCACUGCCGCCCCCGCGAGCGGCGGCGCCGCCGCCUCGCCGCGGCAUCCGCCGCCCGCGACCCCGCUGCGCUCUCCGCGCGAGUCCACGGCGAUGCCGACGCCGCAGCAGUCGCGGCCAGCGCCCCACCGCAGGGUGCCGCCUCUCCAGCUGCAGGGGCUGCAGCAGCUGCAGCAGCCGCCGCAGCAGCAGGCAGCGCAAGAGCCGGCACCAGCCUUGCAGGCGGCUGUCCAGGCGUACGCGAUGGUGCAGGCCGCCGACGCGACCGGAGGGUGGCCGCCUCCGCCCACCACGGCGGAGCUAGAGCAGGAGGCCUGGAGAGCGGAGGCGGCCGCGCACGGCAGCGGCACCUCCCCGGCGACGCCGCCGCCGCGCCGAGGCCUGGGGCUGAGGGCCGACGCUCCAGUGUUCGACUUCACCCCCGCGAUGCCCAGGAUUCCGGCCUUCGGCGAGCCGAGGAGAGGCGGUUCCAGAUCCUGGACCCGCGCACCCAGCAGCCAGCGCAGGUGCUGGCGCGCGCCGGGCCGAGGCGGCAGUUCCAGAUCCUGGACCUCGACGAAUAGCAACACGGCAUGAGCAGAAACUUUCGACGGUCCGCGCGGAUUUCUUGUAUCGGCGCCUGGGCCGCCCUGGCGGCGCCUCCGGCGCCGCCGCUGGCGCGCUCCGCGUGCCAAGGAGGGGGACCCAGCGCGGAUCCAACGAAUCCGCGCGGACCUCCAAAAGUUUGUGUUUGUGCCGGGAGUUCUUCCUCCAGGACCCACGCACCAAGAAGCCGGUCGAGGCGCCGGAUGCCGCCCCGCCGCGGGGCGUCAGGCCCCUGGAGAUCACCCGCCCGCCUUGAGGCCAGGCCACCGAGCUCUGAGAGGGCGGCAGUGUCCCGCGGCGGCCGCCCGUGCUGCCCACAGGCCCGUGCCGUGCCCCAGGCGCCCGUGCGCGUCCAGGCAGAGGCCGCUCCCCUGCGACUCCUGCGAUCCGUCCGUUCCAUCCACUCCUUCUUCCCCCCUCCCGUUCCACCCGUCCGCCUCGGCCUUUUUUCCCUUCAUGCUUUCCUUGUAGUAGUAAGCGCGUAGGUUUCAGGUUUCAAUUGGCGGGCGUUGCUGCGGCCGGCUAGUAUCCACGGCCUAGCAGCCGCCAGCCGUUGCACGACGGGACAGCGUCCACGGCGCAAGAUCUGUAAAUAUUUGUAAAUAGUCUGAAACGGCUUGCUAUCCAAAUCUCAGCACCCGCGCCAAGAUCCGGCCAGCCCGAGAGCGACAUGUUGGUACGGAAUUUGAAUGUGUUGAUCUCUUGGCGUCUCCUCGUGAUCCUCAUCUGCCUCGUAGUUUCCCCAUGCCCAUACUCCUUCAGUGUUCACAUCACCAUCCCGGGCGGGGGCC